AUGGACAAUUCCAGAAUGAACUCUUUCCUUGAGUACUCAAUUUGUAACCGUGGGACGAACGCCUACUCACCCAAGUCUGGAUAUCACCACUUGGAUCAUGGCUUCCCGGCCUCCUUUAACACGGGCUCCACCACAGCAACUGACAGCUAUAACGGUGAUGGACGGCUUUAUGUCGGAGGCAGCGCGCAAGUCGCGGCAUCCCAACAUCAGCACCAGAGCAGCAGUUACGCGCAUCCCAUUCACCAGUCCCAGACGCACCAUGCCAAUAUGGGAAUCCCCUAUGGCGGCACUGGAAGCUCUGGGUAUGGGACUCAAGCAUGCGCGAACCCGGACUAUGGACACCCUCAGUACUUCAUAAACGAACAAGAUGGGAUGUACUAUCAAUCAUCGGGCUUUUCCGCCUCAAAUGUAGGCCCCAACUACGGAUCCCUUGCAGGGACGUACUGCGGAACCCAAGGGGCCGUUCCCGCGGCCCAGUACCAGCACAUUGGCAGUGAGGUACAAGACCACCAGCGGGGGUAUUUGCAGAGCACCUAUGUUGACAUUUCAGCCUCCCAGGAGAGGGAAAAGGACACGGAGCAAACUCCACAAGGCAAGACGUUCGACUGGAUGAAAGUGAAGAGGAACCCCCCUAAAACAGUUAAAGUUACAGACUAUGGAAUGGGACCCCAGAACACAAUUCGCACCAACUUCACAACCAAACAGCUAACUGAGCUCGAGAAGGAAUUCCACUUCAGCAAGUACCUCACGCGAGCAAGGCGCGUGGAGAUUGCUGCCACUCUCGAGUUAAACGAGACCCAGGUGAAGAUCUGGUUCCAGAACCGCCGGAUGAAGCAGAAGAAGCGCGAGAAAGAAGGCCUUGCCCCGGCCUCAGCCACAGGCUCCUCCAAGGACCUGGAUGACCACUCUGACCAUUCCUCCUCCACGUCACCAGGCAUGUCCCCUAACUCGGAAACAUGA